AUGCGAGAACUUGUCAAUAAUCUUCCAACACAGACAAUUGUUGGUCUCUCACCGACCACGGACGAAGCCUAUGCCGCCUUUAUGAAGUCAAUCGAUAGCCCGGCUCAUACCGUGGACCUGGAGAAUGGCACCCGUGGUCACUGGAUUGGCGAUAGCUUCGCUGAGCAUGUGCUAUUUCACUGCCAUGGCGGUGGAUACGCCGUAUACGCUACCAGUGCACAUUUCGAGGGCCUCUGGAACAUUGUGCAAGAGCUCCGACACGGUGGCAAGAGCUUGGCUGUAUUGCUUCUAUCAUAUGGUACUACGUUUGUGUUUCUCACGCCAUCUAGAUACCGACUGACGGGAGUUGGAAUAGACGUGAGCAGCACGGCACGGUAUCCAAGACAGCUCCAACAGGCAUCAAGCCUUCUUUCCUACCUCGUUCAAACUAAGGCGGUCGCCUCAUCUAAUAUCAUACUCACCGGGGACUCCGCUGGUGGCCACCUACUGUUAUCCUUGCUAUCCCACAUCAUUCAUCCUCAUCCGGAGGUUCCCCCGAUAACUCUCCCUCCGGAAACUGUAUUUCUCGGCGCAGCUCUCCUCUCCCCUUGGGUCACCUUUGACACCGAGUCCUCCGACUCCAUAAAACGCAACCGAGCCAAAGACGUUCUGCACAUCCCAAGCCUCGAACUCUGGUCCGCCAGGUUUACCGGCACUGCGCCGCGGGACAAUUACAUCGAUCCUCUCCGAGCGCCGCCCGAAUGGUGGGUGGGCCUUCCAAUUCGUGAUAUUCUAAUUGUCUCUGGCGCAGACGAGAUAUUUGUUGAUGACAUCGACGUGUUUGCAAGGAAGCUAUCGGCUGUUCAUCCAACCGUCUCACAUUUCUCAGCCUCCGGGGAAGCUCAUAUCCAGCUGUUUACCGAGUUUAUGAUCCGAGAGUCGAAAUCGAAACAGCGGGAUGUGCUUCAGAAAUGGAUAAGGGAUAGAAUAUAA